AUGUCUUUCUUUAAUAGUGUCAGAAAUUUGGUAUAUUCGCAAACGGAAUUGAAAGUAAGACAGGCUACUGAUGAGAAUGAAAUCAUCCGAUCCACAGGGACUUUAAUGAAUGAAAUUUCCGUAUUAACUUACAGUGCCAAGACAUUGAAAGAAAUAAUAGGAAUCCUAAAAAAGAAACUUUCCUUGCUAUAUGGGUUAAAAAAUGGCAAUGGUAUCAUAUCACAUAAAGUUUGUGUACAGGUACUGAAGACAUUUACAUUAAUUUCGUACCUUCUAAAUAACGGAUCAAAUGAUUUCAUUAAUUGGUUAAAAUUGAAUAAUGGAGUCCUACAAAUAUUGGCUAAGGUUGAUUCAAAUAAUCAUAUAACGGAUGACGAAGAUUUGCAUAUACUCAAUCAAGCUCAAAAGAUUACUAAGGAUAUAAUAUUAUUAAUAAAUGAUAACAAAUUGUUAGAAAAACGGAGGAAAGAUGUUAUACAAUUUAGAUCUAGUAUAUCAUCACCAGGAAGGAAAUCUACAGAUAAUAGUCAUUUAAGGUUAAGUAAUGAACUGAAACGAUCAAGUGAAGAGAUAAUGAGAUCAUCCAACAAUAAUAGGAAAAGUGAUGAUCGAAGUGAUUCUUUGAGUCGGAAUAGUAUAGAGAUGAAACCGCGCAGAACGUACGAAUAUGCUAGAUUUAAGUUAGAAUCCUUAGUAGAAGAAGAUCAAGAGGUUUCUAAUACGGAUAACGAUUUGACCACUAUUGACAAUGCCAAACUUGUUCCUAAUGGUAGUCCAACGAGUAACACCGUGAGGUCAAGAUUUAAAUCUACCAAUCCAUUUGCAUAA